GGCCGAGGCUCGCUGUCAAUCACGGAUCUCUGCCAUUCCUUCCGUUCCGCCAACGAGACUUUACACAGAUGUGUUUCAGGCGUGAUCAGUUGAGGCGGUGGGACUCCGUUCGUGCAGUGGGAUCAACUUCUUUCAGAGGAUCUACCGUCUCCUAAUCGGACACCUUGAGUUCAAUGUAACAGGUAUCGUAAGCAGCGUAGGUCAAGGUGAUCGGCGAGUUACUUUGUGGUAGAAUUGAACACAUUUAGACGGGGUUUUAAACGCAGAAGAAAAUGCCUGUAGCUUCUCUCCUGCCUUUCACGGCCACUCCGAAUAGGAAGUCCGCCAGCCCGACCUCCUUCAGGCUCACUGAGAAAUUCAUCCUGCUUUUAGUGUUCAGCGCCUUCAUCACCCUGUGUUUCGGAGCUAUCUUCUUCUUGCCGGAUUCCUCUAAGCUGCUCAGCGGAGUUUUCUUCCGCUCGUCGUCGGUGGAGGCAGAGACGCGCACAGGUACGGUCAGUGACACGAGCACUGGCACGGGCAAGGAUGAGAAGAUCCUGGCCAAGAUCAGAAAAGACCACGAAAAGGCGCUGAUUGAGGCCAAGGACACCCUACAGAAACGGCCGGACGAGAUCAAGCAGGACAUCAACAACGACAAGGCGAAACUUGUGCUGAACGGACAGGGGAAAGGAGCGAAAGGUGACAGUUUGCCGUUCGUUCAGUACGCGCGGCCGCCUGGAGCAACAGGGCACGAACCCGCCGAUCCUGACGUUAAAGCGAAGAGAGCCAAGAUUAAAGAGAUGAUGCAGUUUUCUUGGGACAAUUACAAGCGCUAUGCCUGGGGCUCCAACGAACUGCGUCCUGUCUCUAAGCAAGGCCACUCCAGCAAUUUGUUUGGUAGUCUCAAAGGAGCCACCAUUGUGGAUGCGCUGGACACACUCUACAUUAUGGAGAUGUAUGACGAGUUUGAGGCUGCUACCGAGUGGGUGGAAAGGAACCUAGACUUUAACAUGAAUGCUGAAAUCUCCGUCUUUGAAGUGAACAUCCGUUUUGUUGGAGGCCUGCUGUCCGCCUAUUAUCUCUCAGGCAAAGAGGUGUUCAGGAGAAAAGCUGUUGAACUAGGAGAGAAGCUGUUGCCGGCUUUUAAGACCCCGACUGGCAUCCCUUGGGCUCUUCUCAACCUAAAGAGUGGGAUCGGCAGAAACUGGCCAUGGGCGUCAGGAGGAAGCAGUAUUCUCGCCGAAUACGGGACUCUGCAUUUGGAGUUCAUGCAUCUCAGCGAGCUUUCCGGGAGACCAGUUUUUGGCGAGAAGGUAAUGAACAUCAGAAAGGUGCUGAAUCGACUGGACAAACCUCAAGGAUUGUACCCGAAUUACCUGAACCCUAACAGUGGACAGUGGGGCCAGCAUCACGUCUCGGUUGGAGGCUUGGGGGACAGUUUCUACGAGUACCUGCUGAAGGCCUGGCUCAUGUCAGACAAAACUGACGAGGAGGGAAAGAAGCUUUACUACGAUGCCCUGCAGGCGAUUGAGAAGAAUUUGAUACGUAAGUCACAUGGAGGUUUGACGUAUAUCGCUGAAUGGAAAGGCGGACUUCUGGAGCACAAGAUGGGUCACCUGACCUGCUUCGCCGGUGGUAUGAUUGCUUUAGGGGCGGACGGAGACCCUGAUGAUAAGACUGGUCAUCAGAUGGAACUGGCGGCUGAGAUCGCCCGCACGUGUCACGAGUCUUACGCCCGAACAAGUAUGAAGCUGGGUCCCGAGGCCUUCCGUUUCGACGGCGGCGUAGAAGCCAUCGCCACGCGGCAAAAUGAGAAGUACUUCAUCCUGAGACCAGAGGUCAUCGAGACGUACAUGUACAUGUGGAGGUUCACCCACGACCCCAAAUACAGACAGUGGGGCUGGGAAGCGGUGCAGGCUCUGGAGAAGUACUGCAGGGUGGAAGGGGGUUACAGCGGAGUGAGAGAUGUCUACGCUAACACUCCCAACCAUGAUGACGUGCAGCAGAGCUUCUAUCUGGCUGAAACACUCAAGUAUCUGUAUCUUUUGUUCUCCGACGAUGACCAUUUGCCCUUCGAACACUGGGUGUUCAACACAGAGGCCCAUCCUCUUCCCGUCAUUAAGAAACAGAACCUAGAAAUAGAAAACCAUCUCAAGUAAUCUUCAUCCGACCCCAAAGCGCCACUGAGACAUAACUUCCCAGACCUGCUUUAACAGUGGACAAGAGCUAUGGACGCAAAACCCCUGUGGCUGGAGAGUUCCUGUCCUCCAGAAAUUUGCUGGAGCUUCAUGUGUUUCUCCACAGCCAUCUCCCCCUCUUCCGUCUCUUCUUGGGAUUCUGCAUGCUGCCCCUGUCCCCGAUCUCUAUCCCUGACGCUAUGGACACGUCUCUGAACCUCAGAGACACAGGAGGACCAUAUUUCCUCUGUGAGGAGACCGGACCAGAUCGUUUUCCAUUGUACUUGCCCUCUCACACACGUUAUAAAGCCAUAGGUAAUUUAAAUUGCAUUGGCAUCCUUGUGUUUUUUGCAUCAUGUGCGUUUACAGGAGCGAAGACAAGAGAUCCACUGAACUUCGCCAUAUCUUGCUGUCUGUUUCUUUCGGGAUGAGGUUUGGUUCGGUAUUUUGAGGCUUUAUUCGACAGCAAGGUAGUGAAACCAAGUCAACUAGUGCCUUUUAGUCUUACUGAUCAUUUUAGUCAAGUUUUAAUAGCAACACUCUAUUUAUUUUCGCUGUGACCGAAGGUAUCUUCCUACUGGCCUACAGCCCUCUUACCCUCGUGAUGGAUGUAAGAAUCAGUCGUUUAUCGUUCAUUCCUCUACAUUUGUGAGCUUACUUUGUUUCAUAAAAUGUGUACAAAAUGUGUUUUGAUUGUUUACUUACUUAAUGGAGGCAGAGACUUUUUAUCUUAGACAUGUAAAAUAGAGUGCUUUGUUAAUUUAUUACUCAAGAUAUAGGGUUUUUGUCUUUUUUCAGUGUGGAGGGUAGGAAACUAUGGAGCCCCUAAAGGAGACAUGAUAAUAGGAAAAAAAUAUGUGAGAGGGAAAAAUUACAUUUUCAAUGCUUUUGCGUUCCCUUGCAAAACUAUUGCAUUUUCCUGAGAUGCUUUGCGUUCACUCACAAACACACUGAAAUAUAAUUUUUCUUUCUAACUUUUUAUUUUUAUUUUUUUUUUUAUCAAAAAAAAAAAACACACAAAUUCAGAAUUUUUGUUAGUGAAUGCAAUUUAAAAAAAAAAUUUUUUUUCAAAAGUUUUGCGAGCAAACAAAAGUGCCACGAGUAAAUACAACAGUUCCUCUGUGGAAUGCAAAACCUUUUGUGAGUGAACACAAAGGUUUUGCGAACAAGCGUAAAAGUUUCUCUGUGGAAUACAAAAGCUUUUGUAGGCGAACACAAAAGUUUCACAAAUGAGAGCAAAAGUUUCUCUGUGGAACGCACAAGUUUUGCAAGUUAAUGCAAAAGUUUCGCGAGCAAUCAACAUUUCUUAGGAAUGCAAAAAAAAAAAAACAACGUAAAGUUUGUGGUACACAAAACUUUUUGUGAGCGAAUGCAAAAGUUUUGCGAACAGGUACAAAAGUUACUUUCACAGGCGAACACGAAACUUUUGCAAGAAAACAAAUUUUUCCAGGGGAAUACAGAGUUUUGUGAAUUAACACAAUUUUUGCGAGCAAACGCAAAGUUUCUUAAAGUAACAAACAUUUUUGUGAGUGAACCCAAAAGUUUCUUGAGGGACUGCAAAGAUUUUGUGAGAACACAUAAGCAUUAAAAUAUAAUUUUUCCUCCCAUGUAAUCACCAUGUCCCUUUAGGAGCUCUGUAGUAAACCACGAUGAAGCUGCUUGAAUCCAUUGGAAAAGUGUUUUAUUAGGACAACACGGGCAGCAUCAGUCAAAAAGGGGAGGGAAUAUAUUUGUAUGAAUGUACCACCAAAUGUGAAUUGAACAUACUUUGGCCUAGUUGUUGUGAUUUUUAUCAUUUUAUCUGUUUGUUUGUUUAUUUGUUUGUUCAUUCGUUCGUUUGAUUUAUCAUGAAAGCACAAAGUUGUGAAUCAGUAUGUUUGGGUUCUCCAUGAAGAAAAGAAUAGGAAUAUUACUGUAGGACAGCGUGACAGCACAAGUGAGGAAUUUCGAUGAAUAAAGAUGCAAAACAAUGAAUGCAAAGCAGUCCACUGCACUGGAUACACACACACACACAAAAGAAUCGCAUACACUACAUCUAUUACAUAGCCACAUUCUAAUUCAUAGAGGAAUGGACCAAUUCCCAUCUUAUUAGUAUGUUUUGGGAAUUUGACACGACAAAUUUGAGGUUUGUGGAGUGGGGCUAAUGCUAGCGUCUACAUUUAGACAGUGUUCCCAAAACUACACAAGACUAAACUACCCUGCUGAACUAGCACGGUGUGGCGCUUUAACCUAUGUAUAAUACUAGAGGAUCUACUUGGAAAUAAAUACCUCACAGAGAUUCCUCUCUUGAGGCCAGCGACUGCAACGCUUGACAUGGUAUUUCUCUGCUUUGUGUGCGCUAACGAACAGCGUACUGUCAGUUAGGAGCCGCAAUAUAUGAAAGUACCAUCAUCUCGAGGGAGGCCCGUCAUAAAACACUGUGACACUGUAGAUAAGACAUCGCGCUCACUGUAUUCACGAUACUGCGAAUCUAAACGAUGUUUAGCACUGCCGCGGCUUAGCGCGGACUAGCGAUUUGUGCUGUCUCUUUAGUGAAAGUGAUUCCUCAAGCUGUGACUGAGAGUCCGCAGCGACUCUUAGGUGACAUUCGGGAACAGACGUUUCCUCGCAUCUGGUUACGAUACGCAGAAUAGGAGAUGUGCUUUUCAGAUUAAGAAUUUGUUGUUUAAAUAUUGUGUUGAUGAUCUUGCAUAGAAAAUGCCUUUUUUGUUUGUGAUUCUUGUCGUUUAUUUCUUCAUGAGACAACCUCAGAAAUGUAACUGUACAAUAUUGCUGAUAAUCAUUCCAUUGCACAUAGUCUGAUUUGUUUUCGUUUUUUUCUUUAAUAUAUAUGCAAUUAAUUUUGUGGGAAAGUGUUUGGUUUUAUUGUUUUUUUCUUUAAUUUGUUUUUUAAUUGUACAUAUCUCAUUCUGGCAAACUGCCAGCCAUCAUUUAUAUAAAUCUUAUGAUCUUAUGUAAUAAAUUAUAUUAAAGAGCAGCAAAGGUUUUUGAUAAACUAUAUUUGUUACACUUAAAUUGUGAAUAAAACAAUCUUUUA